UUCUGGCGCCUGAAUGUAAGUGCUGCACCAUUUAAGGUGGAACGGGGAAAUUCGGACAGGAAGCCAACUUUAGCCUCGUAUGAAAAACGUCUUCAAGAAGUUGUGCUAUUCGUGUCCAAGUGCUGGUCAGUUGUGCCUUCUUCGCACAUGCUCCUACUUACGUUCCUCUUUCUGCAUAAAAAAGCGCACCCAACCGGAUGCGUGGUUUUGGUUUUAACUCAACUGCAGAGAGAGACCCGGAAAAAGCCAUCCAUGUCAGAGCUAUCAUGCGCUAAACUCUCCUCCCUGCGUCAAAACUCUUACUUUAGUCCUCUUCGCCAUGGUGAGCGCUUUCCACGCGUUUUGAGGAGCAGAAGGAGGACCUAAGAACCCCAAAAAAACAAGGACAUCGUCGUUCUAGGACAUGCCUUAUCUGGACAGACAGAACCGCAUCUGUGGAUUCUUGGAUAUCGAGGAAAAUGAGAACAGUUCUAAGUUUUACAGGCGCUACUUCAUCCUGGAUACCUUGCGCAACUCUCUCUUGUGGUACAUGGACAAUCCACAGAAUCUGCCAGAAGGAGCAGGCUUUGUUGGAAGUUUGCGGCUGAGUUAUAUUUCAAAGGUCAGCGAAGUUUCAGUGAAGCAAAAACCCAAGACUGAAUUCUGCUUUGUGAUAAAUGCUUUGUCACGACGGUACUUCCUCCAAGCCAAUGAUGCCGUGGACUUAAAGGAGUGGGUCAUCGCCCUCAAUAAGGCCACCAAAAUCACAGUUCCCAAAAUAUCACCCGUUACUCAGAGCACAGAUGCUGCCACCAUCACAAGCCAAACUCAGUCAACCUCUCGACAGGCCUACAAAACAGAGAUCGUGGGAGGCGUGGUUGUGCACACACCGGUCCAACAGAAUGAAGCGGAUGAUGUCUUUACUAAUGACCCAAGCUCGCAUGUAACUCUGAGAAGGUGCCAGAGUUUACGUCCCAACACUGUGAGAUCGGGCUACUGCGUCAAACAAGGCAACGUGAGAAAAAGCUGGAAGAGAAGAUUUUUUGUUUUAGAUGACCUGGCCGUGAGUUACUACAAAAAUGAAACGGAUAAGGAGCCGUUACGCAGUAUUCGUCUGAGGGACAUAAAUAAAGUUCAUGAGUGCCUUGUAAAAUCAGGGGAACUGCUCUCACGUGACAACCUUUUUGAGAUCAUCACGAAUACAAGAACGUUCUACAUUCAGGCAGAUACACCUGAAGAAAUGAAUGGCUGGAUUAGAGAUAUUGCAUCAAAAAUUCAAGACUUCAGAGGACCAUCAAAGAGUUGCCGUUUCAGUGGGCAUGCUGUCUCAGUACAGGGAAAACCCCCUCUUGUAAAAUCCUGCUCCACAGCACAGUCAUGGCAACCCUGGACCCCGGUCCCGAAGCAUGAGACGCAGUUGAUGGACGAAGGCCAGAGAGAGAGCGCGUUCUCCUCCCUGCCCUCUCUCUCACACACAGGCGAGAGCCUGCAGUCACAAGUACGCCAGAGGCACCACUCCCAGCCACCGCCAGCCAAGGACACAGACUAUCCCCUGGACCUACAUAUUCGCACCACUGAUGUCUAAACAUUUCCUCUGCUAUUGCUGCUCGCCAGCAUAUUCGUUGUGUUACAUAAUUUUAACCGUCUAAUUGUGCUUUGUUUUCAAAUGAAGGGCUAGAGAUUGUACACAGCAUGCAACCGCUUCUAGAAAUAAGAAACAAGAGUGAAGGAGAGAUGUGACGAAGGCUGCAUAGCUUUGAGCAACUGGGUCCAGCCAUUGUUCAGAUUAAGUGAAUUCCCUCAUCGAUGAGGCUGUACAGGUGAAUUGUUUUAUGAAAGGUGCUGGAAGUCGGACCCAUUUGCGUUAUAUGGUAGGAAAAAAUAAUAAAGCCCAGUUACUACCACUGGGGCCUGCUGCAGGGUUUUAUUUUAUGUGUGUGAAAUUGCAGUUUUGCAUACGACUGACCACGCAUUUGACUUUUCUUCACAACUUAAAGGGGAAUCCCACCCAUUUUUCAAAAGCCAGUCAAAAGUUGAGGUGUAAACAAAGUCAUUCAGAGUAGUUAGAUGUUAGAUGUGAAAUGGUUCAU